ACAGCAUUGCGAACGGUCUUAGUAAUAUUUCCUCAGAAUCUUAAAAGGGUCUUACGCAGAAUCCUGAGAAGGAUGCCACUAGAAUCCUGUAUGGGAUCCCCCCAGAAUUCUGAGAGGAAUUUUGCCACAAUUCUGAUAAUGUUUAGUAUACUUCUCCAAGGAGUCUAAGAGAAGUUCCUAAGAAUGCUGACAAAAUUUUCCUCAGAAUUCCGAGUGGGAUCCUAAGUAAGAGUCUUCCAGAAUCCUUAGAGAAAACAACCCAGAUCAUCCAGAAAUUUCUUAGAAUCCUGAAAUGGAUUCACCCUUGGUAGGGAGCUCUGGUAGGAUAUAUCCCGAAAUCGUGAAAUGAAUUCCCUUAGAAUCCAGAGAUUCCCUGGAAUUCUGAUAGAUGGAUAGAUGGAAUUCUGAUAAUAUAAUACUGCUGAGAAAAAAAUCCUCCAGAAUUUUUAAAGGGACUCUUCCAUAAUGCUGAGGAUUCCUCUAAAAUUCUGUGACAGAUUCCUUCAAAAUGCUGAAAAUGAUCAUCCUCACAGACCUUAUCCCAGUAAAGAGAGAAAGACUCUCCCAAUAGGAAUUCUCCCUGCAUUCUGUUAAAAAUUUCCCUAGAAUCCUGGGAGAGAUAACUCCAGUUUUCUAAGAUGGAUUCUCUCAGAAUCAUGCUCAGAAUCUUUAGAGGAAUUCUUUCAGAAUCCUGAGGGAUUUCCUCAGAUUCCCAAGAUGGAUUCUCCUUGAAUCAUGUGAUGGAUUGUCUCAGAAUCCGACGAGAAGUAUUUCCUCGGGAUUCUCCCAGAAUACUUAGACGAAUAUCCCCAGAACUCUCUAGUGGAUUCAUCCAGAAUCCUGAGAGAAAUUCUUCUACAGUAUUGACAGACAUCCCAUUAGAAUCCUGAAAGCAGUUUCCCCAGAACCCUGAGAGGGACCCUGAGAGGGAUUCUCAAAAAAAAAAAUUAAAAAAAAAUCGAAACCCAGAGAUGGUCUGACCUAGAAUCCUGAGAAGGAUGCGCUAAGACCCUGAAAAGGACUCUCUAGACCAUAAGAAGGAUUCCUCCAGAAUCCUGAGAAAGAUUCACUUAGACCAAUGGGAGGGAUUUCCCAAAAAAACCUGAGACAUACAGGUAUACCUUGAUUAUUUAAGUGAAUCCUAGAUUAUAUAGACCCUCGAUUUUAUGUACUUUGAUUUUAUGUACAUUUUACCUCGAUUUAUAUUUACGUAUUUUACAUUUUUAAUGGUAUUCUGAAAAAAAAAGAAAUUUAAUAUUUUUGAAUCGAAAGAAAAAUUCGAAUGCAAAAAAUCGAUUCGGUCGAUUUUGUGAAGCUUCAACAUCAAUUCAAAAAAUCGAUUAAUCGGAACAAAAACAUCGGUGUUGCGAACAUCGAUUCAAAAUUGCCCAACGCUAAUUUGUUCACAAAAUAUUGAUGCGGGCCUUUCAAUUGUUGGUCUCAAGAUGGCAGUAUUCCGUGUUUUGUACUUAGAGAGUUUGUUUUUUUUUUAUGGCUCAGGAACCUGCGACGCACCUGAGAAAGAUUUACGGCACUCGAGAAUGCCUCGGCUGAGGCUGAAGUACUGAGUAAUACCAUGAAGAAUUUUUAGAGUACUGUUUUAAAUGAGUUUUCAGAGUUACACAAAAAUUAUAGUAAUUUCUGAUGGAAGUAAUUUGUAAUUGUGAAAAUAUUGGAAUAAGCCAUGAAAAUUUUGAAAAAUCAAACCCUGCAUGAACUGUUGUAGAAAUGUUUCGAGAUUUGUUGAUUUUUUUCGGUGAAAAAACCCCACAAACUGUUGUAGAAAUGUUGAUGAAACUGGAAUCCGAUUUUAUGGAAUUCCAGGAAAUAUCGUCAGUUGGAACUUUAAAAAAUGCACUUUCGGAAAUUUCUGGAGGAGAAUUGUUUUGGAAGUUUUCUUUCGCAUUCCGUGUAAGAAUUCUUCUUUUUUUUCCGGAGUUCUAGAAAAAACUCAUGAUGGAAUCCUUAAUUAAAGUUUUAAAGGAUUUGAGUAGGUAGAAUAGUUAUACAUAUCUGCAAAAUAUGGUUUUUCGAAAUACUUGGCAUAAACUAAUUCGAAAUACUAAAAUAAACCAAAUAACUUAUUUUUAUUUUAGUUUUUUACCUUGUUCGAGAAUUUGCCAUGUCGAUUUUUUUUCUAAAUAAUUUGAUAUUUUUUCAGAAUGGAUUUGACCCGGAAUUUGCCCAAGAAUCAGAUAAAACAAAAUUUCCUCUAGAAUUACUCUGGCGGUAUCAAAAUAUCGUCUAUGAAAAAGUUAAGUAUUUAUUUUCAAAAAUUCCACUCUUAUCGUGUUUAGAACUUUUCUAUUGUAGUACAAGAAAUCCUUCUGUAGAUUUUGUGAAAUUUCUAGAAUUAUUUGCGCUGUUUUUAUUGUUGAGACGAAAUUAUAUCUCAUGCCGAAAGAAGGACAAUUUCUUUGACAACUCUGAGGAGGUAUUCUGAAAACUUCAUUAGAAGCUUCUCAAGAUUCGAUCCAGGUUUCUGCUCACAUUCUGAGGUUCUCAUGACAUUUUUUUCAGAAUGAAACGAAGCUUUUUCCACCAUGGCUCUAGUGAUUUAGGAUAUUAUUCAUAACAAAAAAAUUUAAUAUAAUCAAGAAUAAAAAAAAAAUAAAUAAAAUAAAUAAAAUUUUUGAAAAUAAAUCAAAAAUUUCACUAAACCGUUGUUGAAAACUAUUUCUUUGAGUACAGGAAAUCUUUUAGGAGCCCGUAUAGAGUUCCUAGAAUUAUUUUUGCUGUUUUUGUUGUAACAAGAAAUAGCACCUACGUCUGUCGGCAGUUUUUUAAACUCCAGUGCAGUGUCUCUGAAGAGAUCUUCUAGAAACUUCAUAAGAAGUUUUUCAAAAUUCGUCCGAAGUUCCUGCUCACAUUCUCAGAUUCCCAAGACAUUUUUCAGAGGUGUUGGAAUUCGUCCGCUUAGAUGAUUUCUUCAUAUAGUCGAUACCAUCAUUGUUGAAUUUCUUCUAUAAUUUCCUUAAGGUUAUUUUUUAUGAAUAGUUUUUUUUUGGAUUUGAAAUUUUUCUGUGAGCAUUUACAGGCAUGACUUCGAAUUUACCACAUGAAAUUCUGCCAUAGCCAAAGAGACAAUUGCAUGCCUAAUUAGUUUUUAAGGAGGCUCUGAGAGCUAUCAUAAAACCUACAUUAUUUCAUUUUGGGUUUAUGACUGUUUUAUUGACCUCCUCAAUUCGAUAAAUAGCUUUUAUGAAAAAUCAUAUUCCAACAUAUGUAUAUGAGAACAUUUUUUCUAGGAUUCUACGUUUACGUUAGUAGAGAAGCUAAAUUUAUGACACGACCGGAAUUCCAAAAGAUUUAAAAUAAAUUUCGAAACUUCCAAGAAUAUACAAUUCUCAAAAAAAAAAAAAAAAACACUCAAUUUGUUUUUCUGAGAAUUGAAUAUUCUCUUUUUUUUUAUUUUUUUUUUCAAAAUAACUUUUGGAAUUCUGUUUGGUUUACAAUUGCUCUGGGCUAGAAUAUCUCAACGACUAAAUUGAGAAGUACAGGAAUGUUGACAUUUAAUGGGUUUUUGAGGAGGUUCUGAGACCUGUUAUAAAAUCUUUUCUUUUUGGAAAUUCUCAUGCUUUUAUUCUUGAAAAUGCCUUUCCAAAACGUUUUUACAAUAUCUGGAGAAAAUCUUGGAAAUUGUGUGUGGAGUUCUUGGAAUUAUGUUAUAAUUGUAAGAAAUUAUGAUGGAGAUUUUUUUUUUUUUUUUUUUUUGUAGGGUAACUUAUCACUGCGACCAAUUUUCUGAUCUUUUGUGAUACACCACCCGCUUUAAUCUAUGUAACCACAUAUCAAGGCGAUAGGUCACUAUGAGCAGAGACCCUCAGCGCAUGAUCGUCGGAUGUUUCCCCGCAGGGAAGAAUGUGUCGUAUAAAAUUAAUUACUUUACAAGGCUGUAAGUACCAUAUUUCAGAGGGCUGUAGGAAUCCCUUAUCAAAAUAUCUUACUCUUGUAGUAAAGAGUGUAACACAGUCACAUAAUAAAUGUGCAGAGGUUUCAGAUUCCUCAUCGCAAAAUCGACAAGUAUCAUCUUCAACUUUUCUCAUUAUUUUCUUGUGAUAAUUGGUAAGACAGUGUCCUGUUAUUAGUCCUGUAUAUGUGAUGGAGAUAUGCUAGAGAAUCCCUUUAGGGAUUUUUUCACACUUUGUAUUUAUCGAAAGGCAAUUCGAAAAUAAAUAUUAAAAAACAUUUGCCAUGCGAAUUUUGACAAUUAUUGAAAUUGAAUAAGUCCUCUUAUUUACAUGAAGCAAUUACCUACCUUUCUUUUGUGACGUUCUUAUUAUAUUCUUUUAUGCAAAGCGCUUUCAAUUAGGUAUGGUGCACAUUGGGCUUUUGUAGGUCGUCAAGCACAUUUCAAAUCCAGAUUUGUUCUUGGUCCUCUUCCGAUCCUGACCAUCACACACAUCCACCGACCAUUUGGGGAGUCGAACCCGACGACGGUGAUUGAAUUUCGAAGCAAUUAAAUAAAUUGCUAUCGAAAUCCAAUCAAAACCCAGUGUUGUUGCUGGUGGUGGUGAUGGUGGUGGACGGUUGGACGAUCUAACGAAGUUUGAUUUUAAAUUUGCUUUCAAGUCGCCUUACCUUGCCCUGCGUCCUCUCCGGGUCAGCCGGUCGUUGGUCCGAAGUCGAUCGGAAGCAAGCCAAUUCGAUGUGACACCGGACCGGAUCUCACACAACAAGAAGAAACGAACCAUCCUGAUUCGAAGAAGAAGAAAAAGCCAGAAGACCAGAAGAAGAAGACGACUAGGUACAAUUGAUUCCAAAUCCAAUUUUGCCUUCGGUGAUUAAAAUUUCAGUGAAUCAGACGAGACGAGCCUCAUCGGUGCCGGUCGGUGCUGGGCUAGGCUGGACUGCUUCCGUACGGUCCGGUGUGUAGCAGGUUGUUGGCAGGUUGGCGCCCGGCUUCUAAUCAAAAGACUGAAAUCUCCUUACAGGCAAUAAUCGUAUGUGAUGGCCAAACAACAUCGCCGAUCCGAUUGAUGGACCGAUGCAAAUUCGGUUUUCUGGUAGAAGAGUGUGUGAUUCGUCGUCGUCGUUCGUUCGUUCGUUCCUUUUCUCGGUGCGAGCACCUGUCCGUGGCAGCAGGAAGGUGCUCCGGUCCAGUAGUGUACACAUUGUUCGCCGUGUCGUUCGCGUGUUCAAGCCUAAUCCGCGUCGAGAGCUGCUCCGGUCUGGCGGGUCCGGCUCGAUUCGAGUGUUGAGUUUUUCCGAAAAUAAUGUGUGUUUGAUCUCGAAGUGUUGUUGCAUGUUUGAAAUUUCAGAUUGGAAGCCGCUUCCAGUCAGUGUGUGAUCAGUGAAGAGAAGAUUGAGGAAGAAGCACAAUCCCGACGAGAAGAAACGAGUGAAUGAUUUGAAUAUUCAAAUUGAAUGUUUGCAUUUUUCCGUCUUUGCAACGCCUGAUCAAAGAAAGUGAAAAUAACAGACGUCGAGUAUCAUCAUCCAUCGGUAUCACCCUCGCCAUCGGUGGAACCGUACCAGAAAGUGAAAACAACACCAACAGUUCGAGAAGAAUUCCAACCAUGAAUCGACUCCGAGUGUUCAACUUUAUGCUGUUUGCAUUCUGCUUUUUAUGCACAAUCAGGCCGUUAGAAAGUACCUGUGUGUUAGAUUCCGACUUUGGUUUCAUACUAAACUGUGCGUUCAAAAAGUCCGGCCUGUUUCGAGUGCGGAACCUCGGGGGCGUUAAAGCUCACUUCGGGUUAGGCUUCAGCGUCGGCGAUGAGCUGGGCUUGGCCGAAUCGCUCGGCAAUGUCGAGGCCAACAAACGGCGGGCGCUGAACGUCCGGACCGGCGCCGGUGUCAACAACAUCGGGGUGCUGCCCGCGUCCAAACAGCCGGGAUCCUAUUCUCCGGUGUUCCAGCAGAGUCUCCCCAAGGCGGUAACCAGUCGUCCAGUGCUCAAAUUGGCAUCGCCCACCAGCACCUUCAUCGGUUCCCAGAGACCCACGACUGGAACUCCCCUCUACGUAUCCCCAGCCACAACCCAAAUGACCAAAGCCACAUUCCUCCCCCUGGGCGUUCCUGCCUUCAAACCCCUUCCGAAGAGUGACGCCGAAUCGGUGAGAUACGAUCCGGUCGCAGCACAGCGCAACUUUUCCCUCAAAAACCCUCAAAUACCUGAUCUUUCCUUCCAGAAUCAACUCAUGAAUCAAACUUCCUCCUUCCACCGUCCGUCCCGAAUUACCUCUUCUGCAGCUCCUAACCAGCAUAUUGUCUACAAAGACAACACCGUUCACGUCCAGAAAGUCCCCGCUUUCCACGCCAUGCCCGAAUCCGUAUCCCGUAUCUCCACCGGUCCAGUGAUCCAGGUCGACAACAAACUGUCCGAACCCACCAUAAAGAACUCCAUCGUGACCGUGCCUUCGCGCAGCGACGUCACCAAGGGAACCACCGUCGUUGAAGGAGUCGACCUAAUGGGUCACACCGUUGAGGAACUGGCCGCUGCUGCGAACGUCAGCGUUGAAGUCAUCAAGGAAGCUAUCCGCGUACGCAAGCAGGAACUACUUGCCCAGCAGCAGUACCAGAAACAACAAGCCGCCAUCGUACAAGCGCAGAUCCUCGCGGCAAAACACGCAACAUCCACGACGACUACGACGACAACCACCACCACCCCACGACCACGACGAUAUCCGACGCACAACGGUCACAAGGUCAUGAACGCACCCAAAGAGUACUAUCCGGUUGGAUACGACAAGAACUUCGACGACAACUUCACCUCCAAGGUCGACCUGCCGUACACGACGUUCAACUGUGGCGAGCAGAAGCACUUCCCCGGACUGUACGGAGACGAAGACCUGGGCUGUAUGGUCUUCCACGUGUGCGCCCUGACCGACGACGGCCUCAUCAUGAAGUCGUUCCUCUGCCCGGAGAGCACCCUCUUCGACCAAACCAUCCUCAAGUGCAACUGGUGGUUCUACGUCGACUGCAAGAACAGCAAGGGCCUAUACGACUCGAACCUUCCAGUUUCCAAGAGCUACCAACUGAUGAAGGCCCUUUCGUUCUUCUCGUCCAACUACAAAAACCCCCAGAACGUGGACGGCGUCGACGUGGAAGCGCUGAAGAACAGCGUCUCCGGACAACAGAGUACCAAUAGCACAGCAUUGCCGGCGACGGUUGCGGGCAGCCGGUCAUCGAAGUCAUCCGCCGUGGAAAUCAGCGGAAAAUCCACCUCGACGGUACAAUCGUCUGCCAACAACGCAACCACCAAGGCGUAGACUAAUUUAGUUUAGGGCUUUUUAGCAUUAUUUCACAGAAGUAAGAAGAAUGAAUGGUUUUGGAGUUUUUCCCCUCUUCGGUUCGGCACUCUCGAGUUGUGGGCUUGACGGGGGGUUCCAAGGUGGGAACUGGUGAGAAAGGCUGAGUGACUCCGCCUUGGAGAAUUAUUUAUUUAUUUUAAAUACGACCGCUGGAGGAAAACGAGUAAACAAUCAUUCCCUCACCACUUCUCUCUCCCUCGCGCCAAAAUGGAAGCCAACGAGUGACAUUCUUUGCCUUAUUUCUAUACCUAAAAAAAAAUAACUUCAUUUAGAGGACUAAGACAGCAAUGGGGGACAUAGGGGGGUUGACGAACAUGAAAAAGUCAUAUCUUUUAAAAACAAAAAGGGUAAAUGCUAAAUCUAAUUUAACGCUGAUUAAAAGGGCAGAAAACGUCAGGAAGAGCAAUGGAGGAGUACCAGCAACAGUAGCAGUAGCACCGAUGAAACGAGCACAAGCAUUUCCAUCUUUUCCCAAUUGGGAGCAAUGAGGAAUGCGAAGCUGCCACUACAACAGUAAUGGACAUAGUACAGUAUGUAUCAAACAUCUGGGUUGAAACUCUUUGGUUUAUCAGAAGGCAUGCGUUGAACAGCAGUCAAGCUAUGAUUUCAUUAGUAACUAAAUCUUUUCAAAAGAAGUUCUCCACAGCAUAGCAAGUCAAACUUACGGUCUUCUGUUGUUACUAUUAUUGGAUUUCUCCAUCAGUUUCUGCAUCAAUGUUCAAAAAUAUCGGUCUUCAAAAUCCUGGUAUCUACAGGGGAUAGACAAAAUGAUCGGGACAGGCAAAAUUUUCACUUCUCAAAAAAUUUUCAACUAGCUGUAACUUUUCGAAAAGUGCAUCGAAUAUUCUCAAAUUUUUACUGUAAAGUGCAUCAACUAGUUAUGUAUCAGUGGUCCAAAUUUGGGAAAGAUCAGGCCAUUUUCCACGCAGUCAUAAAGAUUCUUGAAAAAGGUAGAAUUAUCCGAUUGCCAACUUUGAGCCAUUAUAUCUCCGGAUUCAAUGAACCGAUUGCAAUGAAAUUUUGACCAUACAUGACUUAUAUAAUGAACUCUCGAAAACAUUUGACUUAACUUGAAAUUUUCAACAAGAGAAAAAGUUAUAGCGGUUUUAUUUUUUAGCAAAUUGGUCUAUUCUUAAUAUGUUUUCCAUUGAUUUUUCAAUUUGUUGGCGACUAUGUUGUUACUUUCCUUCAAAACACAUUUAUAUAUAAGCCAAUUAGAAAGAAAUUAAAUGAACUAUAAUUUGCAUCUUGAAUAUUGAAAGGAGGUUGAAAUUUCGGAUAAUUUGGUGUUUUAUUAGAAAAAUAAUCUAAUCGAUAUAAUUUUUUUCCGUGUUACGAAUUUUAAGUUAUAUCAACGGUUUUUCAUUGCUCAUUAUAUAAGUCAUAAAUGGUCAAAAUUUCAUUGCAUUCGGUUCAUCCAAUCCGGAGAUAUAACAGCUCAAAGUUGGCUAUUGGAUAAUUUUACCUUUUCAAAAAAUCUUCAUAAUUUCGUGGAUAAUGGCCUGAUCUCUCCCAAAUUUGGACCACUGAUACACAACUAGUUAAUGAACUUACAGUCAAAAUAAGAGAAUAUUUGAUGCACUUUUCGAAAAGUUACAACUAGUUGAACAUUUUUUGAAAAGUGAAAAUUUUGCCUGUCCCGAUCAUUUUGUCUAUCCCCUGUACAUCCAGCCAACAAAUGCCAGAUUUCUAACCUUACCUUACCUUUCAAUGUUGUCAAUAUUUGGUUUUCGUUGGUUGAGUGAAAGACAACUAUUUGAAGUUUAGAUUCCGACAACUUUGAAAUUUUCGCAUCCAAAUACUAUAUUUUGUCCAGUACUGUUAUACUCCGGAAUGUACUUUGUCUUAGGGCCUAGAGUAUAGAAUCAAGCUUGCUGUUGUAACUCCUUCCCUUUGCGAACGAUUUUGCUCAAGUAAUAAGUUAAGAAGGAAGGAAAAAAUAUAGGAAGGAGGGUUACUGAGGGAAAAUGAUAACAACACUGAGCUACUCUCAACAACGCAGUCAGCUAGCCAGCGCAUACAUAGAGCAGUAACAAGAAAAGUAACGUUGAUAACGUCCGUUUCGAGAGGUUUCCUGAGCACGCUGAGAGAUGCUUGGUCAUAUAUUGUGGAAACAUUCGCAGGGGGACUCGUGGGAGCUGCUGAAUCUAGUUUCGGUGAAUAGAGAUGGUGAAAACCCCUGGGAGGUAUGCAUUUAGUGCUACAAGAAUAACAGCGUCGUCAGUUGGGGUGAAAGUGGGCAACAGUUUGACGAACUUUUUUCUUCUGGAACUUAUGAAGAUUUUCAAAACCAUCACAGAUUAAGAAGAAACAUUACACUGUGCAAUAUUUGUGAGCCAUGGAAUGCAAACAAAAUAUAGAGCUCAUUGUCCGAAAGUACUCAUCAAAACUUGCAAAAUACUUUUGGGGUUUAGCUAGUUUACUUCGAAAUUUUGAUUUAUUUCACUUGCAAGUGUUAGGCUAAAAUUGGGUCUUGAACUAAGCCUUAAGACGAAACUGGAAGCAUUUCCUCAUAUUUCGAUUAUCGAUUUUUUUUUGAUAAAUAUCGGAGAAAUAUUUUCAAAAUCAGUAUUCAUGCACUUGUUAAGGGAUGUCUAGGUAUUCCCUAAAUGUUUUUCCUAGUAGAAAAUAUCUUUCAUUUUUGCAAAAACAUUUUGUUCAAUUUUGUUUAAAGCGAAAAACAUUUUCCACCAGGAGAGAAAUCCAGGAGAUACGUUGAUCCUUCAUCUGCAUAUGUAUGAUAUUCGAUUUUGAAAAUAUUUCACCAUUAUUUGAUAAAAAAAAAACAAAAUAAAAAAAAUGGGAAUCCAAAAUAAAUAAAAAUGGGAAAAGCGGUUAUAUCAAUUGAAAGGCUGGAGGAGAAUGAAUUAAAAUAAAUAAUUUUGAAGCCUCAAAAAAAAAAUCAUGGGCAAAACUGGAUGUAUUUUCUGAUUUUUUUUUGUUUUUUUUUAUUAUUAAAUUACGAUUCAAUAUUUUCAAAAUUUAUCAGUUUUAUAAAAACAAUUGUAUUCCAAAUUUCGUACAAAAUGGUGUUUGUAAAACUGAAGAUCAUUUUCCACUAGGAAAAAAAUAAAAAGAUAUGCAUGGAAUAUGAUUUUGAAAAUAUUGCUCGAUUAUUUAUUUAAAAUAUAAAAAAAAAACAAAAAAUGAGGAAUGCAUCCAAUCCCAACAUAAAUAUCCACGGCAAACAAGAUCAACUUUGCUGAACAUUGCAUAAACCCAAAAUAAUAUGUUAUUGUCCUAAUUACCGUUCAUCAGAGUUAAUAUCAAAAUAGAAAAGUACUAUAUCUCGAAAAUAUUUUUUUAAAAACGGCAAAUGAGAGAGUAAAAAAUUAAACUAAUUUAUUACAAUGCACUUUUUGGCAAAGUGACUCUAGUUGAUGCAGUGAAGAUUUGUGAUGAAUAAAAACCAUUUGAGAAUUACAGCCGAAAAAAUUUAAUAAAUAUUGAAUUUUCCUAAUACAAACACCUUGCAAAGUUCGGAUUUGGUCUUGGCAUUGGCAUAUUUUCAAAAGUUAAGUAUUUUGAUGUCAUGAACAUUUCAUCUGAAGGCUGCAUUGACAAGUUCCUAAUGACUCACAAGAUAGAAACGAUAAAUUUAAGCAUAAAACUAGAAAACGGAAUAGACACAUUCCACGCACUUCUACACCGCUGUUUUUGAACUUCAUUGAACGAUAUUUCCGAGCUCUUGCUGUCGAUUUUGAUUCUUUUUGCUCCGAAAUGAAGACAAUUACUUAUAUUCUUCUAAUAGUACCUGAAACUUUGAAAACUGCUUCUAUUAAGUAGCAAAUUUCUUGUCGUUCGGUCAAAAUUCGUCAUUUUUUUUUGCGAUGGUGUCCCGUUACGCUGUAUUUCUUGAUUUCUUUCGAACUACAAAGGUCCAAUUCCCAAUAAGAAAGCAUAAAAUGAAUCUUCUAUUCAAAUCUGAUCGUUUGAUAUGCUGGUUACCAUGUAUUUAACAACAUAACAGUUUUUAGAAGCAAAAGUUUAAUUCUCGCGCAAAACGUAACGCUUGGAAUGUGUCAAUAAAUCAAUUUUGUUUUUUUUUUUUCAAAACACUCAACGUAAAUAUGUGCAGAUGGAUACAUUAUUGGUGAAAAAAAAUUUAAGUCAAAAAACAAACCAUCCAAAAAUCGUUUUGCAAUUUUAAAUGAGUACAUUCGGAAACUGAGAUCAAAAUUCUGUUUACAUUUCAUGUGUUCUAGUUUGUUAUGAAAAUGAGCAACUUCCUCAUUUUUUUUAUAACUAUUUCUCUUUCAAGAAAAUCUCGACAAUCUUCGUCAAAAUUUUUCAAAAAGAUUGAGAUCAAUAAAGCUUCAAUAAUAUCUUGGUAAGGGCCCAUAUAGCCGAGGCGGUAAACGCACGGGUAUUCAGCAUGACCAUGCUGAGGGUGACGGGUUCGAUUCCCGGUCGGUCCAGGAUCUUUUCGUAAAGGAAAUUUCCUUGACUUCCUUGAGCAUAGAGUAUCUUUGUGCCUGCCACACGAUAUACGCAUGCAAAAUGGUCAUUGGCAGAGGAAGCUCUCAGUUAAUAACUGUGGAAGUGCUCAUAGAACACAUAGAAGCUGAGAAGCAGGCUUUGUCCCAAUGAGGACAUUACACCAAGAAGAGAGAGAGAAUAUCUUGGUAAAAACAAUAAAAGGGUGAAUUUGAAAAAGUACUGAAGGCUUCUGCAGUUUUUGUCUGUUUUUUAUCCAAAUUUAUGCUAGAGUCUUGUUCUUUGAACUUCUGCUGGAGUUUCUUGAAUCCUAAAUCUGGAAUCUAAAUCUUAAAUGAGAUGCUCGAGGCUAGAAUCAUAAUGAACUGUGGAUGGAAUACUAGCUUCAGUAAUAACAAGAAUAAAAUACUCAGUGGCCAAUUACCUUACAAAUGGGCUAAGUUUCUGGCGAAAUUCCUAAUAUCUCUGACAGAUUAUUUGCUCUUACUUCCAAAGUAUUGACAGCUUCUGACGAAGACUUUUCGCCGGUUUUUUCUCUAAAUUUUUAUUUAUAUUUUUAAAGAAAUUUCUAGAGAAAUUAUUCGAAAAAUUUCUAGUCGAAUAUCUGAUAAAUUUUGGGAGAAUUCUGGAGACAGUUCUCAUGGAAAAGUGUAUGAUCAUAUUGUUAGUGUGUUUUACUAAUUAAAAUCCAAAACAAAUCGUGUACUGGAUUCAUGUAGUAGUAUAUGAAGAAAGCUCAGAAAAUAUGACUAUAUUCGCUCAUACCCUUGGAAACGUGCCUAAAAAGAGUAUGCACAAGAAAUUGUAGUGUAUUUUAUACUGGAGAUUCCUAUGUAUUUUUAGAGGAAAUUUUGACGAACUUUUUUAAGAAACUUCGAACUCUAGCUAAAAACUUCCGAGAAUUUCGUACAGGGUUUCAACGGAAUAUUUUUGUAGAAUUUCUUUUUUUUUGUUUUUUUUUUAAUCCGAGUUUUUUUUCUGAAAAAAACAUUAAAUGUAACUGAUACUUUUUGAAAAACUUCUGAUACUAUCUCAUGGAUUUCCGCAAAUAUUAUUUAAAAAAAAUACGAGACCCUGAAAUUAUUCCUGCAGUUUUUUUGGACAAUUUUUAUAAAUGAUCUUGUGGGAUCAUUUAAGAUUCUGUUAAACUUUCGAACCAAAGGUUUGAACAACGUUAUUUAAACAUUUUUUUUUUCAAAAGCCACAAUAUUUCUCCAAGAUUAUCUCAAGAAAAUAAUUGAUACGCCAAACAUUUUCUAGAGUUUCUUCUAAAAAACGUUCAGUAGGCUUCAUUUAAAAUUUGUAGAAUAUUUUUCCAGCCUUGAAGUGAAAAACUCUCGUUACUUCGCAAAUGUUUAAGAUAUUCUGUUUAAAAAUACAUAGCUAAUUGCGUCUGAAAUUUAUCUGAUAUUAAUCCCAUACAUUUGAAGAAGUUCGUCUAAAAACCCUACUGAAAAUUUCGAAAAAAACAUUUCUUGCAAAACAAAUUCAGAAUUUCUGCUGUAUGAUAUUCGCAAAAAAAUCGGAAUAUAUUCUUACAAUAUUCUCUACUGAAUUCUUCAGCUAGCUUGUCAAGAAAAUACAUCGGAAUAUAUUUCACGAAUGCUCAACAAAUAAGGUCAAAUUUUCAGAACUUUCACCAUAAAAUAUGAGGAACAUUACGCAGGGAGUUGUCCAAGAAUAAAAUGUUUGAGAAAUGUUUAUGAGAAUUUUACCUGACAUGGUUUUGGGAAUAAAUCAAACUUUUCUGGCGUUCACCGCACCAAAUAAAAGGCGUUAACGUAGGCAUAUGUGCUUUGACAUCGCCGUUAUGUCAAACACACAAGGCAACGGUGGCACUGAUUACUCAUUCCAUGUUGAACAAAUGACCAAAGUGUAAAAAGCGAAUAACACAGGAUGUUUAAACACUCGCCAAAAAAACAACUUCCUUAUUAUCCAAAACAACAAUUUUUGUGUAGUUGUUUGCAAAAUUUUCUUCAUGAAUUUUACCAAAAAGUAUUCCAAUACGUUAAUCUGCAGAUACUCCAGAGACGAUUCGUGAACAAAACUCUAAGUGUUUUCCACAGAAAUAUUUUCAACAAAAUCGUCGAGAAAUAUCCACAAUAUGCUUCUUAUAUAUUUAUCCUGAAAUUUAAAAAUAUUCAGAUGUCCACGGGACGUUACGCCAAAGAGAAAAAUGUUUAGAAAUCCACUCCACAAAGUACUACGAAAAUAUAGCUAAGAUUUUCAUCAGAAAUUCUGCAAAUAAUCCAGGAUUUCGUCAAGAGAUAUUCAAGAACGUCCGCAUAAUUUAUUUUUCUGAUAACUUUGUCAAAUAUUUCUGCCGAAAUCCUACCAAUGUUCCCCAGCAAUGGAAGCUUUAUUUCACAAGGACAGGUUUUGCUCCUGAAGGUUCAAGAUGAAGCCAAAGGGACGUGUUGGAAAUGACCAGAGAUCCCAAAAGAAGACGGUUCCAAGGGGCUUGAGGGGCGUUUAGAAGGAGGUUUUAGAAGCUGUGGGCUUCGUGGCCGUGCGGCUAGGGGCGAUAGUUGUUUGGCCGUUCCGUAGGCCUCGAAGUGUGGGUUCGAUUCCCGUUCCCGGUCGGUGAAAACUUUUCGUCAAACGGACCAUUGGGUGUUUCGUGUGUUGUCCGUUGUCUCCUGUCGGUGAUCGUUCAGUCUGAAAGGUUGAAGACGGUGUAGUGUCUUUGAAAAAGGCUUUCGAGAGACUUCAAAGUAGAUUCAGGGGAGUUUCGUGGGUGUUUCAAGGCAUUUCAAGAGUUUCCAGUGAUCUUUUAAUGGCGUUUCAAGGCGUUUCAUGAGCCCUUCAGGGGAUUUCAUAUGUCUUUCAGGAGUGAUAUUCAGGAUGUUCAAAAGGCAUAUCAUGGGAUUUUGUGAGCGUUUCAGGACAUUUUCAGAGGAGUCUGACGAGCUUUUUAAGAAUUUUCCAAGUAGUUUAUUCCAAGGGCGUUUCAAAGGGAUUACAGGGAUUUCAGGACCGCUUUCAGACAUUUUACGGGCGUUUCGGUAGUUUCAGGGGCGUAUCAUGAGGGCAUCAGGAGAGUUCCAGGGGGUUUCAGUAGCCUCCCAACUUUUUGGGGCUGGAUUGUUUCGCCGCUUAUACCUCGCUGGCCACGAACACGUUUGUGAUGAUCGGUUUCAUCGCCGAAGCCAUAUAUGAUCCCUUCUAAAAGUUUAAAGGCACUCCAAAGGGCGUUUCAAUGGGAUUACGGCAGUAUUCGGGACGUUUGAAGGCAUUUCAGGGGUAAUUCAGAUGGUUUCAGGGGAUUUUAGUAACAUUUUAAGGGCAUUCCAAGGGGUUUCAGGGGCAUUUCAAAGGGAUGCCGAGGAGCUUCAUGAAUGUUUCAAGGUAUUUCAGGGGCGUUUCAUGGCAUUCCAGGAUUCUUUUUAAGGGCGUUUCAAAAUAAUUAGAGAGCUUUUCAGAGGACUUCAAAGGUAUUUCAGGUGACAUUCAUGAGGUUCCAAAGGCGCAUCAUGAGGCUUCAUCAAGUAUCAAGAGAUUUUUGUGGAUUUCAAGGCCGUUUCAAGGGGGUUCAAAGACGAUUCAGAAGAUUUCACGGUGACUUUUAUGGGCUUUCCAAACAUCCCUGAAACUCUCUGAGACCCUAUGCAAUCACGCUCCUGAAAUCUCUGAGACUGCUGAAACCUGAAAACUUCCUCAAAUCUCCCACGCCUCUUGAACUGUCCAUGACACCCUAUGAAACACCUCUGUGCCUCCCUAAAAUUCAUCUAAAAUCCCCUUGAAAUACCCUGAAACAUUCCCUAAUCCCCUUGAAACGUCUCAGAAAACUCCUAGAAAUCACCUGUGACCACCUGAAGUGCAACUGAAAAAAUCCCCUUGGGGCCUCGGGCCCCUCAAACGCCUCUGAAACCCCCAGAGGCCGCUGUUUGGAAACCCCCUGAAAUUUCCAAAGGCCCCUUGAAAUUCCCCUCUGAAUCAUACUGAAACGACCUUGAUACACCUCUGAAACGUCCCUGAGACCCCAUGAGAUCCAAUUAAGAAUCUCUGAAAAGCCUUGAAAUGCCAAUGAAAACCCCGUAAAAUCCCCUAAACGCCCUAUAAAGUCCCAGAGGUGCUCUCUAAAGGUUCUCAAAAAAUUAAACGCACUGAGGAGCGCCAGAAACCCCUCUGAAACACUCUCAAAUUCCCCGAUACCCAUUUAAAAUCCUCCCUAAGACCACCCCCCCCCCCCUUAUAACCACCUAGUUUGCCCAUUCGCCCUCGCUCCCUUAUGUCUUCCUUAGUUCACUAUUUUCAUUAACUUGUUCCAUAAAAUAACUAUUUUGGUUAUCAGUUUUCACUACCGGUCCUGGAAAGUACCGUAAAGGGGUGUAGCUACUGUAGCAGUAAUUUUUUGACCACCGUAUCCUUAAUUCAAUCUUGUUGUGUACUGAUCGCAAGGAUUUUUCGAAUAAUUUGACAAGAGUUCGACUCAUUCUAGUAGCCUGGACUGGAAUGCCAACAGUUUGUUGGACAUCUUUUAUUUGAUGUUGAGCUUUCAGGAGUUCAGUAGCAGGAGAGAGGAAGUUUUGCAUGAUGAUCUCAAUAGAUUCCGAUUCCUGCUUUGGGAUACCCCUAUCGCAUGAUCCGUAAGGCCAUGUUGGAGAACUCCUGGUCCUAAUCUAAAAAGGUGCUUAAGCUUCUUUUUGCAUGGUGGUGCAUCACUGGAGUUCCUUAAGAAUCAAUGACAUUUUUGCUUUUAGAUGAUUGUUCAAUGAAAUCGCAAAGGAAAAAAUACACGUAGUUCUGGUGGGAUUUGAACCCACGUCUCUCCAAUACGCUUGACAGGGUGCGUUACCCAACUUCACCACAGAACAAGUAAUGGUCCUGUGGAGCCGGAAGCCAACCUGAAUUCAAUGUGCACCACACCUCACACCUUCUUCUUCAAAACUCUACAUCGCCUUCGCUGCCCAUAAUCGCAUAGUUGACGUAAGCACCACUGUAGUUUUCAACACACCUUUGAAAUUUUAACAAUGAUUAAUAAAAAGUUUAUGAUUUUUCUUCACGUUGAUAUCUAGCUAGUGAUUAGAUCUUGUGUUCUAUUGAAUAAAACUGGUCACAAUUAUGCACAUUUAGAUAUUAUCUUGUGAAUGCUGACAUUGUGGUUACGUCAACUAUGCGAUCAUGGACGCAGCUCAUGAGACACAUCUUGAGAAAAAUGAGGCGCACAACUUUCAAUCUCAAAAUGUACUGUGCUCCUGGGAGCUUGCUUGCAAUGUGGCUCCCGCACAUGGGACUACAGCACGUGUACAUCAACUCUGGUUAUAUCUCAAGAUUCAGUGAACCGAGUGCAAUGAAAUGUUGACCAUUUAUGACUUAUAUAGUGACCUAUGAAAAACCAUUGACUUAACUAAAAAUUCUUAACACGGAAGAAAAUUAUAACGAUUCGAUUAUUUUUCUAAUAAAACAUCAAAUUAUCCAAAACAUCAACGUCGUUUCAAAAUUCAAGAUACGAAUUGAGGGGCCCAGAAUCAAAGGGGUGUAAGUGACCAUUUUGUCGAUUUUGAGCUGAGCAUAUCAUAAAAUUUUUCAGAUUUGAAGCUUUCAGAAACUUUUUUAAGAUUGUUUCUACGAUGAAUGGAAAAAUUACAAUAAAUCAGAGAAAAUUGGGUUGAUUUUGAAACUUCAUACAUUUUGUAUGGGAUGAAAAAAUGGUGAAAAACUUUAAACCUCAUUUACUCGAAAGUGGGUUUUUGUCACUUACACCCCUCUGCUUCUAACCCCCUCAAUUAUAGUUCAUUUAAAUUCCCUCUAAUUGACUUAUAUAUAAAUGUGUUUUGAAGGAAGGUAACAACAUAGCCGCCAAUAAAUUGAAAAAGCAAUGGAAUGCAUAUUAAAAAUAUACCAAUUUACUAAAAAAUCGUGAAAAAAAUAAAAUCACAAUAACUUUUUCUCUUAUUAAAAAUUUCAAGUAAAAUCAAAUGUUUUUUAGAGUUCAUUAUAUAAGUCAUGAAUGGUCAAAAUUUCAUUGCAAUCGGUUCAUUGAAUCCGGAGAUAUAACAGCUCAAAGUUGGCUAUCGGAUAAUUUUACCUUUUUCAAGAAUCUUUAUAACUUCGUGGAGAAUGGCCCGAUCUUUUCCAAAUUUGGACCACUGAUACAUAACUAGUUUAUGAACUGACAGUAAAAAAUUGAGAAUAGUUGAUGCACUUUUCAAAAAGUUACAGCUAGUUGAACAUUUUUUGAAAAGUGAAAAUUUUGCCUGUCCCGAUCAUUUUGUCUAUCCCCUGUACAUCUCCUUCGGUUCUUAAAUGUCUACAUUCAUUACUCUUUAAGAGAGCCUACGAACAGCAGUGAGAGCAAGAAUUUUUUAACAGAGUAUCGAAGAAGAGUGUGACGUGAGGAGAUCAACUAAUUCAGGUUGGCUAUCGGCUCCUCAGAGCCGUUACCUGUUCUGUGGCGAAGUUGGUUAACGCACCCUAUCUAGCGCAUUGGGGAGACGUUGCACACUGGUUCCAGCCGCAUAUGAGGGCGGUCAUAAAUAUGAUUUUCUCGAGUUUUAUGAUGAAACCGCUAAAUUUGAUGCAUAUUUGCAUUCCAUAUGCAUUUUUGUAUUUUUUAUUGCAAAUGGGCUCAAUCGAGUUUUUAGCUUUACGGAGCCGAAUUUAUUUAUUUUGCAGUUUCGGUUACCAACUGAUUUGGGUAUACUAAUAUUAGUUUAGGCGGUCCACGGUAGUCAAAAUUGCUCAAGAACUGUGAGUUCAUUUGGUAAGGCCAUGCAUUGUUUUUCGUUCAAUUCAAAAACCACUGGCAAGGCGUGUUUGCAGAAUUUCGUAAUGGGGAUGCCAUAUUUCAGAAUUAAUUUGUCUACCUCUUGUAAAUUUUCUCAAAGAUCACUCAUCACUCAAGCCUGCGAAAAUCAACCCGAAACGGACUUAUCCAACGUAACAAACAAAACCUAAAAGAGAUUAUUAUAAACUAAUUAGCAAACAUAAUCGUAACGCACACCUAUCAUCCAAAUUUCACUAGCAAUCAACAACUCACACAGAACUUCAAGCUGACCCAUAGCAUCGAAAAAGAAAAACAAAAGUUCACUUCUGAAAAGAUUGUUAUCAACCGUGCAGAGCAGAGGGCCGAGAACGAACGAAUCAAGCUGUGUCAAAUUUAGCACACAACAAACUGCCAAAAUACUACUUACGAUUAAAAAAAUGGUACUGAGUCACCGCCACGCGGCUGGCACCCCCUGCCGGGUGGAUGACUCCCUGUUAGGUUCGGUAUAAGAUUAUUUAUUAUAUAUUAUGUUUUAGUAGCGGAUUAGUGGAUAGCUACGGAACCCCCAUCCACGUGGGGGUUUCGCGUGCUCAGAAAGACUUUAUAUCUACUUGAUAGUUAUAUAUGUGUAUUUACAAACGAACGACCGUCAUAUGAUGAGUUAUACCGAUUGUUGCGCGAUUCCAACGCAAUUGUUUGACGUAUAUAUUUAUUUCCUGUAGUAUGGGUACGAUAGGUUCGUUGCGAUGUCUGGGUCUUUAUUAGGUAAUUUGAAUAGGUAUCACAAAUGAAUCAAACUCUCGGGUAUAUAGAAGCUGGUCCAAGUUCAGCGACUUAUUCGUUUUUAAGGGAAAAUUAGUAAUUCAUGUGGAAGAAAAAUGUAGGAGACGCAGAUAAGCCCAGUCCAGCGAUGUCCUGUUAGCGAAAUCGUAAGCACACCUAAAAUUUGCUCAUUAUUUUUUGUUAGAAAUCAUGCAAGAAAAAUCAAAAUCUGCUAGCAACAUGAUGCAUUUCAUUGUUUUCACUCGAACAAAAAUCAUCACCAAAUCAAAAAUCGUGCAAUGCUAGCAGAUACUAGUAGUUGAGUAGACAGAAAAUCAGAAAACAAACCAGUGAAAGCGAAAAUCUAAACAUCCCGAAAAUCUUGUAGAAGGAAUAAAACAAACUCAAAACAGUUGCAAAAAAAA